AUGGCGCCCAACGACCCCGUCAACUUCGAUAUCAUCGAGGAUCACAAAGAGAAUAUUCAGGCUCUUCCGAGCGGCCGCUCAGCUAGGAAACUGGCCGAACUGUUCUCCCCAUCACCGCUACAACCCCAGUCUAUACCGACGCCUUUGGACACCAAGGACGUCAACGACAGCAUUCGCGCCGAGUUCGAGGAGGAAUUGGCCGCCAUCUCCGAGUCGGACGACCCGCUCGAUAUCUAUGAUCGCUAUGUCCGUUGGACAUUUGACGCGUAUCCCUCGGCCCAGGCCACCCCACAGUCCCAGCUGCACACACUGCUCGAGCGCGCAACCAAGGCGUUCGUGAACUCGGCCCAAUACAAGAACGAUCCUCGUUACCUCAAGCUGUGGCUACAGUACAUCAACUUCUUCUCGGAUGCGCCUCGCGAAGCGUUCGUCUUCCUGUCGCGGCAUUCGAUUGGCGAGACCCUCGCCCUGUUUUACGAGGAGUAUGCUGCUUGGCUCGAGAGUGCUGGGAGAUGGGCGCAGGCGGAAGAGGUGUACAAGCUGGGAAUCGAGCGGGAGGCGCGGCCCACUGCGCGGUUGCUGCGCAAGUUUGGCGAGUUUGAGCAACGACGGGCGCAUCAGACGGAUGCGGACGGUCCCACGUCGCCAGCCUUGCCGGUGGCGCGCCCGGCUCUCGCCGCCAAGGUCGACCCGUUUGCUGCCGCCGUGCCCCGCGACCCUCAGGCUCCGACGCAACCUGCGGGAUUGGGUGUGCAGUCGUCCAAGCCUAGACGAUCCAAGCUGACGAUUUUCUCUGACGCGGACGCCGAAGUUGCGGCGCCAGCCAUGUCGUCGCGGGGUGAAGGAUCUAAGGGAUGGGACACCAUCGGGUCCCUAGCAGACCGGAAGAAGGAGAACGUCAUGGAACCUAAGCCUUGGGCUGGAGAGACGCUAAAGGCAGGGGGAAAGAAGAGCACCGGUCCAAAGCUAGCUGUAUUCAGGGAUCCCUCUCUAUCCAAUCAGCUAUCACAAUCGCACAUCCCAAUCCAUCAUAACAAGUCUCAAAUCACAGUGAACCCUGCCAACGGCAAGCGAGAGCGCGUCUUUGUCAACCUUCGGGCAAUCUACCCGACUCCUGACGAACCUGGUACCGAGCUAAGCUUUGAGGAGAUUUGGGCAGCGAACCGCGGCUGGCUCAGUCAGGAUUGGGAAGACGAAGAGAUCCCUUCCUUCGCAGACGAGAACUGCCCCCCGGACGUGGCCACUUUGGCACACAGCGUCUCUGAGAAACUCGUGAUCCACCAUGUUAUCAGACUCGACGAGAAUGGCGCCCCUAUCUUCCCAAAGGAGACGAAACCUAAAAAGAAGAAGGUUAUCGAGAUCAAUGAAACGCAAAUCAUCAAAGCCAAGCUUGAUUCGCCCUCCGGGCCGAAGAUCAAGAAGAAGAGGCGGUCGACUGCUGAACCAACCAUGACUCUGCAUACCAAGGCAGCAACUGACGAUAUCUAUGACAUCUUCAACGCACCUCUCCCACCGGGCGGCCAACCUUCAGGCGUCAGCGACGAUGAACGCGAAUACGAGUCAGAUGACUACACAUGCGGUGGCGAGAGCACUGUGAACACAACAACCAUCCCGACGAGCGAUGCAGGCGAUGAGGAGGAGGCAGAGGAAGUCGAUGAGGCCUCAGAUGCGAAAAGCGUCACCAGUGAAUGGUCGGAGUUCUCAAUCCACAGGCAUGUGCCCGACCUCGAGGGAGAUGUUGAGGACCGAAACGGAACCCAGGUGUCUGAUCUAAUCGACAUGGGCGAAGAGUUCACGGAGUCGCCAGGAAAUCACCAGGCUGAAGAAGAGGACGGCGUCAUAGACCUCCCUAGGACGAGGACCACGUUUGUGCCGAUACCUCCAGAGGACUACAUCCCGGUACGGAGGCCAUAUAGGGAUCCUGCCGAGGUAGCUAACAACCGCCUCCCCUUUAUGACCCCUAUCACGGAGAGGACGGAAAUGUCGCUCGACAUGACCUCCGAUCAGAGCAAGUAUGGCAAAACACCGUCUAGGAGACGGAAUGAGGACAUGGUCAACGAAGAUGAGGAUGAGGGUGAGGACGAAGAACAGAACCUACAGCCGUCGAGCAGUCCGCUGCGUGACGUGAUAGAAGAAGGGAGCCCCAAGGCGAGGGUUGCUCAACCCCUUCUCCCGAAGACGAAGCCAGUAUCAGCAGGCAAACCGUUUGCCCCGAAAGUACUAACCCCCAAGGGGCCCAUCAUCAAGGAGAUGCAGUGCAACCCGGUCGAUGACAGCGUACGAUCGGAGAUUUUGGCCAACAUUCACCCUCCGCUCAGCUCAUACGAGGGCUUCUUCGACCAUCGGGGCGAACGCUAUGAGAAGGGGCCUGAAAUCCGCAAGUAUGCCAAGUUUGCAGGCAAAGGAAGCAGGAGCAGCACCGACAAGACGGGCAACCUGGGUUCCCCAGUGGUGCUCCUGUUCCCGGGAACAAAGUCCGAAUACACCAUCAGAAAAGAGCUUGGCGCUGGUGCCUUUGCCCCGGUGUACCUGGUUGAGAACUCCUGCCCUGACGGCCCCUUAACCGGCGAUGAAGGCAGUAACGACGAGAAUGGUUCCAUCGCCAUGAUGGGCCGCGGUGCCUUUGCCAGCACGCACAACCGUCGCUACCAGCGCGAGGCUCUGAAGAUGGAAGACCCCCCGACACCGUGGGAGUUUUACAUGAUGCGUCUGGCGCACUCCCGCCUCGGCCCACAACACCGCGCAACCGCCUCGGUAUCUCCCGCCCUCGAGAUGCACCUCUACCAAGACGAAGGCUUUCUCCUCCUGCCCUUCUACCCGCACGGCACCCUCCUCGACGUGGUCAACCUCUUCCGCAGCGAAGCCUCGGGGGUAAUGGACGAGCAGCUAGCCAUGUUCUUCUCGAUUGAGCUCCUCCGCACCGUCGAGGCGCUGCACGCCAAGCAGAUCAUGCACGGCGACAUCAAGGCUGACAACUGCCUGUUGCGACUUGAGCACCUCAACAACAGCAGCAACACCAACCACAGCCAAGACCCGCAACAACAGCUCGUCAGCCAGUGGCGGCCCGACGGAUCCGGCGGCUGGGCCGCCCGCGGCGUCACGCUCAUCGAUUUCGGCCGGGGUAUCGACAUGCGCGCGUUCGCGCCGCACGUGCAGUUCGUCGCCGAUUGGAAGACGUCGGCGCAGGACUGCGCCGAGAUGCGUGAGGGCCGGCCCUGGACCUGGCAGAUCGACUAUCAUGGGUUGGCCGGCACGCUGCACGUGCUGCUGUUUGGCAAGUACAUUGAGACGGUGCGGUGCGACGCGGGCGGGUUGGGGACCUCGCGGAGGUACCGGAUCCGGGAGAGCCUGAAGCGGUAUUGGCAGACGGAGAUUUGGGGGGAGUGUUUUGAUUUGCUGCUGAACCCGGGAGCGUUUGCUGUCCAGCAUGAGGAGGGCGGGAGGAUGCCCUGUUUGAAAGGGAUGAGGGCGGUUAGAGAGAAGAUGGAGCGAUGGUUGGAGGCGAAUUGUGAGAGGGGGAUUGGGUUGAAGGGGUUGAUGGGGAAGGUGGAGGCUUGGGCGAAAGGGAGGAAGUAG